AGAUGGUGGCGCUGCUGAGGCAGGUGACUCACGAAGAAGAAGAGCAACAACAUGGCCGCCGUGGCGUUUAAAUAAAAAAACCCAAAAACGAGCUUAAAAAAAGAGGCGAAAUACGGCAGGAAUUAUACUUGCUACACAAUUACUUUAGUCUUAUUAACGUUGUUGAACAGUAGGAGACCCAAUCAUGACCGAACAGACCAGUGUCAACUCGGAGGGGAUCGUGGGUCUGGAUGAGCCCAAGAAGAUGACCAGAGAGGACUGGAGGAAGAAGAAAGAAUUGGAGGAGCAAAGGAAACUCGGAAAUGCUCCUGCCGAGGUGGACGAAGAGGGAAAGGACAUAAACCCUCACAUCCCUCAGUACAUCUCAUCAGUGCCGUGGUACAUCGACCCAUCCAAGAGACCCACUCUAAAGCAUCAGAGACCACAGGAUGAAAAGCAGCAGCAGUUCUCAUCCAUUGGAGAGUGGUACAAAAGAGGAGUGCAGGAGAAUGAUAUUACCACAAAGUACCGCAAAGGUGCUUGUGAAAACUGUGGUGCUAUGACCCAUAAGAAAAAAGACUGCAUGGAGCGACCCAGGAAAGUUGGAGCCAAAUUCACCGGAACAGGGAUAGCUCCAGAUGAACACUCUCAGGUCCAACUGGCGUUGGACUACGAUGGAAAGCGGGAUCGCUGGAAUGGGUAUGAUCCUGAGGAACAUCAGCGCAUUGUGGAGGAAUACUCUAAAGUAGAUUUGGCCAAAAGGACGUUGAAGGCUCAGAAGCUUCAGGAUGAGUUGGCUUCCGGGAAGUUGGACCAAAGUCAACGUGAAUAUGACAGCGAAGACGAGGAUGAGGACAAAUAUGCAGAUGACAUCGACAUGCCGGGUCAGAACUUUGACUCCAAGAGACGCAUCACAGUCAGGAAUCUGCGUAUCCGAGAAGACACGGCUAAAUACUUGAGAAACCUGGAUCCAAAUUCGGCAUACUACGAUCCAAAAACCCGAGCGAUGAGGGAGAACCCGUACUCCAACACUGGCAUGAACCCUGAUGAGGUGGGUUACGCAGGAGACAACUUCGCUCGCUACACCGGAGCCACAAUCUCCAUGGCUCAAACGCAGCUGUUUGCCUGGGAGGCCUACGAGAGAGGCUCCGAGGUCCAUCUUCAGGCUGACCCCACCAAACUGGAGCUGCUUCAUCGUUCUUUCAAAGUCAAGAAGGAGGACUUUAAAGAGAAACAGAGAGAUAGCAUCGUGGAGAGGUAUGGGGGCCAGGAGCACCUGGACGCACCGCCGCGGGAGCUGCUGCUGGCGCAGACGGAGGACUACGUGGAGUAUUCGCGUCACGGCGCUGUGCUGAAGGGACUGGAGAAGGCGGUCGCCCGCUCCAAAUACGAGGAGGAUGUCCUCAUCAACAACCACACCUGCAUAUGGGGCUCCUACUGGAAGGAUGGCUGCUGGGGAUACAAGUGCUGCCACUCAUUGGUCAAACAGAGUUACUGCACAGGACAAGCAGGAAUUAAAACGGAAAACACGGGUGAGUGUGCUCCGUUUGAAGAGGGUCUGCAGGAGCCACAGGAAGAAGAACAGCCAAAGACUUUGCUAGAAAUGCAUCAAGAAAAGAUGAAAGAGAAGAAGAAGAAAAAGAAGAAUAAAAAGAACAAGAAGCACAGCUCAGACAGCAGCGACUCGGAGGAUGAAGAAAAGAAGAAGGAGAAGCUGAAGAAGGCCCUGGAAGCGGAGGACAAGCGCGUGAAGCAUGUAGAUGCGUUGAUGCAGAUGGAUGAGAGGAAGAGGCCCUAUUACAGCCUACAGGAAGUUAAGGCGCCGACUGAAGAGGAGAUGGAGGCCUUCCGUAUGAAACGCAGUCGACCUGAUGAUCCAAUGGCUUCCUUCCUUGGACAGUGACCUCCUCUUAAUCCCUGAUGAUUAUCCUAAACGUUCUGCACUCUAGUAGAGUUACAGCUAUACUCCAUCUCUAAUGCUGAACAGGUGUUUGACACCUUCUGUUCCUGUACUUUUCUUGGAGGCAUAAAGUUUAGGAGUGAUGGCUGUAAACUUUUUUUUAUUGUAUUUCCUUUUUGACACAUCCUAGAACUUUACAUC